ACUUUGCAAUAGUUUUCAUCCAACUCUUGCUUCGGAAACACCUCUCUGUGCCAAAAAAAAUGGGAAAGGACGAUGGAGAAGUGGCUGCUCUCAGGGAAGAACUAAAUGGAUUGAUUGGGAAAAUCAAGGAGGAUCAGAAAAAAGUUGCUGAUUGUUCCCUGCAGGAUAAGUGUGGAGAUGUGGGUGGUGCUCCAAAACUCCAUAUAAGUACGAAAAAAUUCCUAAAAGGGCACAUUAAUAAAGUAAAUUCCGUGCACUUUGCUGGAGACUCGCGCCACUGUGUUUCCGGAUCUCUGGAUGGAAAACUCAUCAUCUGGGAUACUUGGACAGGAAAUAAGGUUCAAGUUAUUCCUCUGAGAUCAUCUUGGGUCAUGAGCUGUGCAUUUUCUGCAUCAGGCAAUUUUGUUGCUUGCGGCGGGAUGGACAAUAUGUGUACCGUGUACGAUCUCAACAAUAGGGACGCAACAGGAACGGCAAAAAUUGUCCGAGAACUUGCAGGAUAUGAAGGAUUCCUAAGCUCAUGUCGCUUCCUAGAUGAUAGAAAUAUCCUCACGGGAUCAGGAGACAUGAAAAUAUGCAUCUGGGAUUUGGAAAGCGGCAAGAAAACAUCAGACUUUGAAGCUCAUGCUGGGGACGUGGUGUCAAUCUCACUGUCUCCCGAUGGUAAGCAGUAUGUGACUGGAUCUGUGGAUAAGACCUGCAAACUUUGGGAUGUCCGGGAGGAGAGUCCGAAGCAAACAUUCUUUGGUCAUGAUGCUGAUGUUAAUAGCGUAUGCUUCCAUCCAAGUGGACAGGCUUUUGCUACAGCUUCAGAAGAUAAGACAGCACGUCUCUUCGACAUUCGCUCAGAUCAGCAACUAUGCCAGUUUGAGCCACCCAAUAAAUCCUGUGCCUUUACAUCUUGCGCUGUUUCACUGAGUGGAAGAUAUGUACUGUGCGGAAGUGAUGAUAAUAACGUGCAUUACUGGGACUCCUUGAAAGGGAAUCAUCUCGGAAUUCUACCAGGGCAUGAAAACCGUGUUACUUCCAUCUCUAUGGCUCCGAACGGCAUGGCUCUAGCUUCAUGCAGCUGGGACAACAAUGUUAGAAUUUGGGUCUGAAGCAGAUCUUCAGUGUUGGAUUUCCAAAAAUUGAAAUUAAAAAUGUUUCUGGAUUUUUUCCUCACAAAUAAAGGAAUUCAUCUGUUUUUUUAACCCAUAAAA